AUGCUCUGUAAUAUGGUUAUUAAAAAGUUAACGCUUAUCACACAUGCCUCUUUAGAUACCGAUUUCAAACUGCAUGUGGAUCCAGAAUUUGGUAAUUGCUACACGUUCAACUGGGAUGUAAACAAGAAUUACACAAGCAGUAAAGCUGGCCCAAUGUACGGAAUACGUGUACUGUUGUUCGUCAACACAUCCGACUAUAUGGCAACAUCUGAAGCGGCUGGUGUUCGUCUGGCGAUACAUAGCCCAACAGAUUUUCCAUUUCCAGAUACAUUUGGCUACAGUGCCCCUGUUGGUUUCGCAUCCUCGUUUGGUCUUAAAAAGCACGUAGUUCAGCGGCUAUCGGCACCCUAUGGCGAUUGUCAGCGCGAGAAAAAAAUGAAUUCAAGCGUCUACAUUUAUGGUGACUACGAUUACAAUCCAGAAGGUUGCCACAGAAGUUGUUUUCAAAAUACGCUGCUCAGCAAGUGUGGCUGCGGCGAUCCCCGUUUCCCUGUACCACGAGGAAAACGGCAUUGUUCAGCUUUCAACGCUACUGCAAGAGGAUGCCUGGAAAGAGCGAUUGCUGAGAUUGGUGAUUUUCACCAUAUCACGGAUAAUUUGAAGGAUUGCACGUGCAAGCAAUCAUGUGAGCAUGAAAUUUACGGCAUCACAUUUUCAGCUUCCAAAUGGCCAUCUGGCGCCACUGAUCUGGGGAGUUGCGAUGUUAGCUUGACGGAAGACGAUUGCGAGACAUUUUACAGCAAAAAUGCGGCAAUGGUUGAAGUUUACUAUGAGCAACUCAAUUACGAACUGCUCAAAGAAUCCGAAGCAUAUGGUGUUAGCUUCAGUGUGAUAACGAUUAUUGAAUGUGCAGUGCUGUUCUUCGAUCUUAUCACUUUGUGCUGUAAAAGGCACAAGGAAAAACAGGAGUUCAAACGCCAGUCCACACUUCGUCAACAGGAAAUGGAGGAGGCUCAGAAAACUGCUACCGCUAACACUGAAAAACAUGGAGACAAUUUCGAAAAACAGCACACGGGGCCAGACAGCAAUAUGUUCCAAGUGUAG